UUCGAAGUGUCAACCUAAACAAGGUUUGAAUGAUGCCGCAGAUUCUGGAAGCAUCUCCAAAACGCAUUGAACAAGAACACCCAACCAUGGAAGUCCAGCCGCAGCCUCUUCAAAUGCCGACGACACCCCGUAGCUUCUCGGUCGUGGGUAGCCGUGCCAAGUCCAACUCGUACGACACGUCCUUCAGUGGCCUGUCGAAAGAUAUUUCGGACGACCAACAAGACCUUUGGCGCAAGAAACAAGAGGUCGAGGACUUUCGUGUGGCGUCGCCGCAGUCGUCGACUAAGAGCCCUCACAGCACAGGCCAAAAGGCCAUUCGAAUGCCAAAGGCCAUGGCCAUAUAAGGCGUAUCCCACGUCUAUGUACGAUGCACAGAGUGUCCAUGUGCGUAGUACGACCUCAGUAACAUCAGUAUUUAACACCUUUUCUUCCAGUAACUUGCUCAUUCUUUCCCCCCACGAAUGCUAACUCGCCACUUUGCCUUUCCAACAAGCAAUUGUAGAACUGCAUCGCAGGGUUGUUGGGACGUCUGGGCCGCGGUAGCUAGGCUGCCAUUUACCACUCCUUGUACACCCGACAUCCACUGACGAAUUCUGCCCAGUACCUUUCUCCUCCACUUGAGGGAAAACUGGCGCAAUCCGUCGUCUUGGUUUAGGUAACGGCAAGCGCUUGGCCACCGGUAGUACAUCGCAG